GAAAUUUAUGUAUUUAUCCUGCAAAACCCCGUGCUAGCUUAUCUACAUGCCAUAUCAGUUACAAUCUGAACAGAUGUAUACUUUAUUUAGAGAGUGACGAUCACCUAAAACAAAACAAUCAAAAAUCCAAUUUGGGUACAUUGCGUGAAUUAUGUUUUUCUUUUCAAUUAUCAUCUGAAAUAUAAAAAAGCCUUUUUUGAAGGGGUAGGUCAGUUAUCCGCUUUGAAUUUGUAUAGUUCGGACGAAUUUGAUGUUAUUCAAGUUUUGGGUAUCUCGCAGUGUAAAGGUUGAAUGCAAACAACAGACACGUGAUUGAAGACCUCUCAUCAUGUAUCAGAGUACGGAUAAGCUUGUUUCCAAUGAACAAGGGGUUUCCCGACAGGGAUACCAAAGUGUUGAAGGGGGAGGCUCAGUAGGUGGUCAUGAACCAAACAUCGGCGAGCAACCUCCAACCUUUUUGUCCCAAGUUAAGAAGGCCAGGGAAGAAAACAUAGGAUGUUGCAACUUCUGCCUGGCAUUUUUUGCUUUGCUGAUUGGUUCGAUUGUAUGGACAAUCGUUUUGAUAAUAAUCGUAACUGUACCCAUCGUUAUGAUUGUCAUUGGUGCUGAAUAUUUCCAUGAUUGUCCUGUGCAGAAAAUGAUCCCAAUCAGUCUCAUAGUUUCUGGUUCUGUUGCACUACUUAGUAACAUUGUUAACUUCUGGGAUAGAUUUAAAAGAUUUUCUGAAACUGGUCUGCCAAAAACGCAUACUGUCGUUGGAUGGAUUAACAUCUUUCUGAAUCUUUUCCUCGUGGCUUGGUUUGUUGCAUCAUGUUACUGGGUGUACAGUGCUGAUGUUCAGUUCAAGGAUGAAAAGGCUUCUACUUAUUGCAACGCGCAUCUCUAUGGCUUUAUCUAUUGGUUGCUUAAUUUCAUCUUCAUUUUCUUUGGAGCUAUGGUGAUUGUGUCUGCCUUGAUGAUGUGUUUUGCCUUGAUGUGCUGGUGAAAAGGAUAGUGCAUGAGUUCAAAAGAAAAUUUGCAAAUUUUCAUUAAAACAUUUAUAUCUCAUCUGUUGCAAAAUGAUCUUGAGUAAAUGAAAGGCUAUCGUUAAAUAAAAAUCAUAAUAUGGUAUUAUAUUAUUCACAAUAAAUCCAUUCAUUAUUUAUUUAUAUAUAUAUUUUAACAUGAAUAUUUUUCUAUGAGUGUACGUAUUUUUAGUGAAGUGUGUGCAUUUUUAAUGUAGUGUAUAUUUUUGAUUUUCUUAAAUAAAGAUUUUAACAUGUUUUGAUAAAUGA